UGCUGGCUGGCUGAGGCCUCGGGUCCCAGCUUCUGGCCUCUCGCCGCCGCCCGCGUGGGAGAAUCCGAGCUCGACGGCGCGGCCGUGUGGCCGCCAUGGCGGCGCAUGGGAAGCUGCGGCGGGAGCGGGGGCUGCAGGCGGAGUAUGAGACACAAGUCAAAGAGAUGCGCUGGCAGCUGGGCGAGCAGCUGCGCUGUCUGGAGCUCCAGGGGGAGCUGCGUCGUGAGCUGCUGCAGGAGCUGGCAGAGUUCAUGCGGCGCCGAGCCGAGGUGGAGCUCGAAUAUUCCCGGGGCCUGGAAAAGCUGGCUGAGCGUUUUGCGAGCCGGGGAGGCCGCCUGGGGGGCAGCAGUCGAGAGCAGCAGAGCUUCCGGAAGGAACCAUCCCUCCUGUCGCCCCUACAUUGCUGGACUGUGCUGCUGGAGCAGACACGGCAGCAGAGCCGGGAGAGUGCGGCCCUCAGCGAGGUGCUGGCCGGGCCCCUGGUCCAGCGCUUGGGUCACAUUGCCGAGGAUGUGGGGCGCAUUGUCAAGAAGAGUAAGGACCUGGUGCAGCAGCUGCAGGAUGAGCUCCUGGAGGUGGUCUCAGAGCUCCAGACGACCAAGAAGACAUACCAGGUGUACCACACUGAGAGCGUGAACGCCGAAGCCAAGCUCCGGGAAGCAGAGCGGCAGGAGGAGAAGCGAACAGGCCGGAGCGCCUUGCCCACCAGUGCCAAUGCUGCCGUCACCAGCACCACCGGCUCGGAGGCGGGGCCCCUCCGCAAGAGCUCCCUCAAAAAGGGAGGACGGCUAGUAGAAAAGCGUCAAGCCAAAUUCUUAGAGCACAAGGUCAAGUGUACCAAGGCACGGAAUGAAUACCUGCUCAGUCUGGCCAGUGUCAAUGCGGCUGUCAGCAACUACUACUUGCAUGAUGUCUUGGACCUCCUAGAUUGCUGUGAUACAGGCUUCCACUUGGCCCUGGGGCAGGCCCUCCGAAGCUACACAGCCACCAAGAGCCGCGCCCACACCUCCCAGCUGCAGGGCCUGGGCAGCCUGGAAGAGGCUCUGGAGGCCUUGGACCCUCCAGGGGACAAGGCCAAAGUGCUGGAGGUGCAUGCUAUGGCCUUCUGCCCCCCACUGCGUUUUGAUUAUCAUCCUCACGAGGGCGAUGAGGUGGCUGAAAUUCGGGUGGAGCUGGAGCUGCGUGAGGAGAUUCUGCCCAGAGCCCAAAACAUCCAGAGUCGUCUGGACCGACAGACCAUCGAGACAGAGGAGGUAAACAAGACAUUGAAGGCAACUCUGCAGGCGCUACUGGAGUUGAUGGCAUCAGAUGAAGGGGAUGCCCUAGACUCCUUCCAGGCCAGUCCUUCUACGGAAUCCCUCAAGUCUACUAGCUCAGACCCUGGCACAAAACAGGCAGGCCGGAGACGGGGCCAGCAGCAGGAAACAGAGACCUUCUACAUUACGAAGCUUCAGGAGUAUGUGAGCGGCCGGAGUAUCCUUGCCAAGCUACAGGCCAAGCAUGAGAAGCUUCAGGAGGCUAUACAACGCGGUGACAAGGAGGAGCUGUCAUGGACUCAGUACACGAAGAGACGAUUCCAGAAGAGCCGCCAGCCCCGUCCUAGCUCCCAAUAUAACCAGAGACUCUUUGGAGGAGAUAUGGAGAAGUUUAUUCAGAGCUCAGGCCAAACUGUACCUCUGGUGGUGGAGAGCUGUAUCCGCUUCAUUAACCUCAAUGGCCUGCAGCACGAAGGCAUCUUCCGGGUUUCAGGUGCCCAGCCCCGGAUCUCUGAGAUCCGAGAUGCCUUUGAGAGAGGGGAGGACCCUCUGGUGGAAGGGUGUACUGCCCAUGACCUGGACUCAGUGGCUGGAGUGCUCAAGCUCUACUUCCGGAGCCUGGAGCCCCCACUCUUCCCAGCACACCUUUUCAAUGAGCUUCUGGCCUCUGCAGAGCUGGAGGCCAUGAUGGCGCGGGUUGAGCCUGUGAGCCGGCUGUUGGCUCAGCUGCCAGGAGCGGUGCUGGUGGUCCUGCGCUACCUUUUCACCUUCCUCAAUCACUUGGCACAGUACAGCGAUGAGAACAUGAUGGACCCCUACAACCUGGCUGUGUGCUUCGGGCCGACGCUUCUGCCUGUGCCCCCUGGGCAGGACCCUGUGGCCUUGCAGGGCCGGGUGAACCAGCUGGUGCAGACGCUCAUCUUGCAGCCUGCACAGGUGUUUCCAUCCUUGGCUGCUCUGCCAGGCCCCGUCUAUGAGAAGUGCAUGGCACCACCUUCUGCUGCCUGCCUGGGGGACACACAUCUGGAGAGCCUUGGGGAGAAUGAGCCAGAGCUGGAAGUUGGGACCACAACUCAGGAGGAUGACCCAGAAAGGGGUGUCAUAGAGGCUGUGGCCUGCUUUGCCUACACGGGCCGCACAGCCCAGGAGCUGACAUUCCAGCGAGGCGACAUUCUGCGGCUGCACGCGCGGGCAUCGAGUGACUGGUGGCGGGGGGAGCAUGCUGGCGUGCGGGGCCUCAUUCCCCACAAGUACAUCACACUGCCCGAGGGGCUGGAGCUAGAUACGCCACCUGAAGCCAUUGGCCCCUCUGGGCACAGAUGGCAGUGCUUGAUCCCAACCUCCCCGGAGCGGCAUGUGGAGGUAGACAAGGCUGUGGCCCAGAAUAUGGAUUCGGUGUUUAAGGAGCUCUUGGGAAAGACCACUGCUCGCCAGGGCCUCAGGCCCGCAGCUACUGCCUCCCCCAGCCCGGGGACUCGAAGCUGCCUGGGCAAGAACAAAGGCUUGUCCCGUGGAUCUGGGGUCCCAAGUUCCCCUUCGACUUCCCAUCCCCAGGGCCCAGACUUGGCCAUCAAGCCGCACUGACGCACUGACAAUCACUCCAGGAAGCUGCCCGCCAGCCCCACCCCCCUCCUCAGGCCCUUUGCUUCUUUGCAGCUUUGUUAUGGAGUGAGGGGUAAGGGCUCAUAAAGAUCUAUGCAUUGA